CGCCGUCGGGCCCCGCCCGGCGCAGCUCUAACGCACGCACCGGAGAGUGUAAGGCACAUCCGGGUGUCAGAAGCAGGAGGCCGCGGUUUUUAGGGGUCGGGAGAGUGUCCUGAGAAACUGGGGCAGGGUGCCAACUCCAAGCCAGAAGCUGAGUACCUGCACAGCACCGGAUUGAGACGAGCCCUCCAGUCCAACCCUCCGCGGAGCCCCUUGCCGGGUCGCUUUGGGAACCACCAGAAGGAAGCAGACCAUCCUACAGCUUGCCGACAUGAUGCUGGCAGCCCGUCUCUCCAGACCCUUGUCGCAGUUCCCAGGAAAAACUCUAAGUGUCUGUGAUCGAGAGAAUGGGAUGAGACACACGCUCUGGUUUUACCCAGCCCCCUUCACCACAACCACCCGUCGGACAUAUGCCAGUGAGGCAAAUUCAGCUAGCGGCAAAGCUGUCCUCAUCACGGGCUGUGACUCGGGAUUUGGGUUCUCUUUGGCCAAACAUCUACACUCAAAAGGUUUCCUUGUAUUUGCUGGCUGCUUAAUGAAGGACAAAGGUGAUGCUGGGGUUAAGGAGCUGGACAGCUUGAAAAGUGACCGACUGAGAACCAUCCAGCUCAAUGUCUGCAACAGUGAGGAGGUAGAGAAAGCAGUGGAGACCAUCCGCUCCGGCCUGAAGGACCCUGAGAAGGGAAUGUGGGGCCUGGUUAACAAUGCGGGCAUCUCAACAUUUGGGGAGGUGGAGUUCACCAGCAUGGAGACGUAUAAGGAGGUGGCGGAAGUGAACCUCUGGGGCACGGUGCGCACAACAAAAUCCUUCCUCCCCCUUCUCCGAAGAGCCAAAGGCCGCGUUGUCAACAUCAGCAGCAUGCUGGGCCGCAUGGCCAACCCGGCCCGCUCGCCGUACUGCAUCACCAAGUUCGGGGUCGAGGCUUUCUCUGACUGCCUACGCUAUGAGAUGCACCCUUUGGGCGUGAAGGUCAGUGUGGUGGAGCCUGGUAAUUUCAUUGCUGCCACCAGCCUCUAUAGCCCUGAGCGCAUCCAGGCCAUUGCCAAGAAGAUGUGGGAUGAGCUUCCUGAGGUCGUCCGCCAAGACUAUGGCAGGAAGUACUUCGACGAGAAGAUCGCCAAGAUGGAGACCUACUGCAAUAGUGGUUCCACAGACACGUCCUCUGUCAUCGACGCCGUCACACACGCCCUGACUGCCGCCACCCCCUACACCCGCUACCAUCCCAUGGACUACUACUGGUGGCUGCGGAUGCAGAUCAUGACCCACUUUCCAGGAGCCAUCUCUGACGCCAUCUACAUACACUGAAAGAGCUGAAGAGGCCCCUGUGGCCUCCGCCAGGGAGUCUGGUGGGUGGGAGAAGGCUGAGGGGAGGGAGUUUGUACAGCUACCUUUUGAUUCCCCCGGGGUGGAUUACCUGCUCUCUUAGCAAGAAGACCCAGUUUAUCACUAACCUUACUUGUUCACAUGGUGAAUGGUUUGGGCCUUCACCGAUGUGGGGGCACAGGUGGGUGGCCCUAAGCCUCAGGGCCACCAUGGUGCUUCUAUCUCUCUAAGUUGAUUUUAUACAGAGAUUUGCGGGGAAUGUCUUUCUAUUAAAAACAGAUUAUUAGAAUAGAAUCCAAAAUCAUUUUUAAGCCAAAACAUCCGUUCAAAAUAUUUAUCCCAUCUGAUCCUUAAGCAAGUCUCUCACGAGUAAAACGAACAGAUUUUUUUUCCUUGUGUGCAUGAAAAAUUUGCAGAUCCUGCAAUCUGCAUGCAAAAUACCACUUCCAUUGUGCCCAAGUGUGUCCUUCGUGUGUUCUGGCGUGGCUGUAAAAACUCAUUACAUUUGGGUUUCAAGGACACUUUGGACCCAUCAGUCCUUGAAUCCUCAGACCAGCAGUGUGUCUUCUGAGACUGUCACACCAGGUGACCCUGUGUGUUCUCUGCAUGUCCACGGCACUGUGUGACUGGGGGCCAGCCGCCGCUGACUCUCAGCUGGCCGAGGGUGAGGACCUAGAGAUUGCCAGCUGAGGUUUCUCCACCCUCUUUGAGAACUCGGGUUAGAUCUGGGUGGAGGUGCGCUUUGCCAAAGAGUGCGGUUUGGUUUCGCCUUGGACAGGAUUGGUGCUAUCCUUGGGGCAGUAGACAGAUUAGUGGUGCCAAGGCUGGGCCACGAGUCACCUCCCCAGCAAAACACACACACACACACACACACACACACACACACACACACACACACACACACCUGCUCCACAGGACUUCAGGGUGGUCCACCUCUCCUUCCUUUUGUGAACUUAUUUUUAAUUAAGCUGAGACACUGCUAGGCAAUCUGUGUUACCAAUCAAGGAAGGUUUGAAUUUGAAGGCUGCUUGUUGUCCAGGGUAGGUAUUUGGAGCCAAACCGCCGUGUUCCAGGUGGCGCCAAGCCUUGGGCAGGGUCUCAAGUGCCAGCCUUAUACAUCUUAACAAUCAUUUGUGCCUUUUGUUGCAAAGUCUACACCUGCCGCUAGAGGGAGCCAUGCCUCCUCAGCUAGAGCCUGCACGGGCGUUUUCUUUCACGCAAGCUUGAGAUCGGUCCAACAGGGUUUGACCACCUACUUGGACCCUGCCUGGGAACAAAGAAAGAAGCAAAGCCCCUUGGGAAACAGUGAUCUUACACUCCUAAGCAGCUGUCUGGCCUGAACCUGGAGCCCGGUGCCUAGAGAGAGCGAAGGAACCUGGGCAGCUAGAACAGCUGUGCUGAAGCAGAGCGUCCCACAGAGAGCGAUUCAGCCCUGCCUUUUGGGCUUUUUGACCCCUCUGGGUUCAAACCGGGGUGCUCUGUUCCAGCCCCUGUCUUCAGAUAAGGCAGAUAGGGCCCGGGAGGGAAGGAAUGAGGAAGGCAAGGCCUCAGGGCCCAGAGAGGGACCCCUGAUGACUUGAGCAUCCCUAACAGUGAGAUGCCUUUGUCCUGCAGAGCCUGCCUCCAGCUGGAGCUUUUCAGAUGGCAUAUUUACAUCUUGGGAGAAUUUGUUUUCGUGCUUAAUAAAGAGAUUGGUUGUAACACUUGGA